CAUUUUGUCAGUAUAUACAGGAGAACGGGGUAUGGAUUAAAUUAUGAUUUUUGAAUAUAUGCAAUAAGUUCCUCUGACGAAUACGAAAGAGAGGUUUCGUAAAACUUAAACAGGAUUGUUGAAAAGUUUAAAAAAUAGUCCUGUGUUACAGACACAAGCUAAAUUUAUAAAUCGGGGUUUAUUGUGAAAAAUUUGAAGGCGAGCUGAUUUCAGUUGAAAUGAUUAUUCAGAAUUUAAUUCCUUAUUUAUAAGAUUGGUACAUAUGCCCUGAUUACUCGUGAUCGAUAUAAUUGAAAUUGUCCGAAGCCAAAGAAUGGACCUGCCGUUAUCUUCGACACGAGAGAUUUCUUCACAUUAUAGCAGCCAUGACGCCGAUAACGCCACGACCAGUGCAACUUUGAAAGCUUUGAUGAAUCCACUGAUUCUCGAUAUCAUCUUUCCUCUGAUCAGCAUAUCCGACUUGAAGUCCUGCCGCCUCGUAAACCAUGCCUGGGCCCAUCAUGGCGCCACAUUGUUAGGAAAGCGGACAAUCCUUGACGUAAACCAGCUCUUUUACUACAGUGCAUCAAACUUACAACUGACGAUUCAUCCCGUCAAUGAGAAACUGAUCAAAGGCCUCAAACUCCACUGUGAGUUCGACACCCUUGCCCGACGAUACAAAGCAAUUGACGUUGUCACGACAGGGUUAGGCAUGCUGAAAUUCAAAGAUAUCCAAUACAUCUCCGUCGUCAUAUCUGGCUGGCCUCAUGAAAGUUGUGAGGAUAGAUGUGAACCGCAAAAACUCGCGGUCCACCCUAAUUUAACCACAAUUAAGUAUGGGCCUUAUGAGGGGUCCUACCUGCAUCCAGUGCUCCAAAGUUUGAUUGAUUCGGCACCCAAUUUAACCUUCUUGGACGUCUGGGGGUCCUCGCUGCCUGAUUUGGAGAGCUGCAGAAAUCUCAAAUCGCUUAAAUUCUACCUCAUAAGUUAUGACCGUAUCUACGCAAUUGGUGACAUGAUCGAAAUUUUGGGACAAGUAAAGGAUUCCGUGACAAACGUGGAAUUAAGAUAUAAAAAUUAUUCGCACUAUUGGCGGCAGAUGCAAAAAAGAAGUCUUCCUGUCAUGUCGAAACUUGUAUCACUCACCAUUCAUCCAUUUGAAGAGUGCCCCACGCUUGACUUUUUUAAUGAGAUCCAUCUCCCAGCGCUGAAGAUCUUGGCGUUCCGAAAUUUGUUCGUUAGUUCGACGAGAUUGCUAAACCAUCUCGUCAUGUGGCAGCGACACCGAGGAGUUGAAUCGCUCGCGCUGGAAUUUUAUUUGGGUACUGCGCAUGGCGAAUUUGCGGCAAGUAUCGUCCAAUUAUUUCCUGCCGUUAAGAAAUUUGAUUUGGAGAUUUUUUUCGUCUGUGACCGAUUUAUUAAUGGGAUAAAUCAGUUGGCGGUAGUCCAAGUGUGGGACCUGGAGCAGGUAAACUUAGACGUGGACUGUGUGGAUGAAUCGGCGUUGAUAGUUGUAAUCCUGAAGAGCUUGCUGCCGUGGAAGGGAAGUAAACGGGUCCACUUUAAGCGCACUAACCUCACACAAGACGACUUCAUUCCUCACAUUCAAGACAUCAUUUUGUACAGUGCGGGACUUGAAAGCCUGAAAUUCUCUGGGCAUGACUACGUACCUAUAACAGUUGAACUUACACCAUCCCAGAGUGCCGGUGUCAUUCGGUUCACGGUGCCGGAAAUCAUGAAAAAAAUGAGGCCCCUAUUAAACUAAUAAAAGUUGAUUGGUUGCAAAAUCAAAAUUUGAAGCGUCCGUCUAAAGCUCUGAACGAGAA